GAGCCAUAAAGAGUAUUACACUUAAACGUACAGUAAGCGAAAUUAAAGAAAAGCAAGAUAAAGAUGCAGAUGCAUCUGCUGAUAUGAACGCUGCGCCAAUGUUUCUCGACAUUAAUCUAGAAAAUUAUCAUAUUCUUAUUUAUGUCAAAAGAGGCGAAAUUGAAGCCGAUGAGACAGAAAAAAAGCAAGAUCCUAAUGCAUCUGUUACAAACGUAAGGCCAAGGGUUUCUCGACUUAAACCUGCGAAUUAUCAGUGA